AUGGUGGAGACUCGUAGUGGGCGCCGCACCCGUGCGCCCACAGACAGCCGUGCCAGCACGGCUGCAGUCAGCAAAGCCUCGAAACAGACACCUAUUCGGCCCAAAACACCAAAAUCCACGCCGCGCCGACCUCGUGCCUCAACCGUGAAGGCGGUGCCCGAGCCCGUGUCAGAGCCUUCUAGCAAUACCUCGACACCCAAAGCGAAGGCCAAACCCAUUCCUCAAGCUGCUGAGGAGGUUGAUAAGAGGAUCAGCGAAGCAAACGUUGGUUCCCGCUCGCCCUAUCCCACCAAGGUGGAAGCUGCCUCCCGCUCCUCUAGCAGUGAUGAAGCAGAUUCGGCUGUGCGCUCUCCCGAGCCUAGCGAGGUCGUGGUCGCGUCGCCGCCUCGGCAAGUGAAGCUACCCUCCCAGAGCGUAUCACCACGACACCGCGUGAAUACGGAACAGCAAGACCAAGAGAGUCCUUCCGCCUCAAGUGGUGGGAAUGCUCGUUGGGUCGUGGCCGUGCUUGUGCUCAUCAUCGCGGCCGUGGUGUCAGCGCAGUACCCCGGCGCCCUGCUCUCCCUGCUCUCUGGACAUGCCCAUGAGCCGGCACGUCAGACGAGCUCCAUGCUCGACAAGAAGGCUUUUCAGCUUGCUGCCGAGCUGGACAUGCAAUUCUCGACACCCAGUCAUCUCUAUAGCUCGCUCAUGGGACCCGUACUGGCCAACCUGGCUCUGCACGAUACUCACACAGCACCCAAAGUGCCCCUGGUGAUCACCAUCAUCGGCAACAAUCGUUCGAAGCAAAAGGCCCUCCUAAGCGCCAUCAACAAGCUACGGGUUCACAGCGAACCACCGAUCCAGGUGGCCACCAACACCCCGGCAGCACUAUUGCAAGAGCAUCUUGAAACAGCUCUUCGCCGGAAUCCUCGCGCAACCAUCAAUAUUCGGGACAUGUCCAGCAUGAAUGGAGCAUUUGAGCUGCUACAUACUUGCUUAACCGAAAACCACGCUAUUGUGGGUUCAACAUCCACGCGCCAAAGCUGGACGUACCUGGCUGCCUUUCUGCGCCGUUCGAUGGGAAUGGCAGCUUCACUUCCAAACACCUGGCCCCCUUUGACCCGUCAGCUAUCAAGCACAGCCUUGGAGGAACUGGAACAAGCUUGCCAUGAAGGACCGUUCAAGUGUCAGCAAGCACUGGGCACAAUCGCAGCGCCCACGCUGCUGCAAAGCAUUUCGCAGCGCCACGAGGAUAUUCAAGCCUUGUCGCGUCGCCUUCAGACUUUCGUGCCUGCAUUUUGA